ACAUCUGACACGAGUAGCUGAGCGGUUAACUUUUACCUGUAGACUCGUUUUCGUCGCUCGCGUGCGUUUGUUUCGCUGUGUCGCGACCGCCGAUCCGCGGUGACAAUUUUAUUUCGCCAUCGAAUCGUUUUCACCGGAAUAAUAGCUGUAAUUUUAUUUAUUUUCGUGAAGAAGACGGGAAAUUGAGCAAUAGUCGACGAGAACGCUAGGCAUCGAUGGUUUUUCCUGGACUAUAGUUGGCAAAACAGAAGACGUUAUUAUACACCGGUUAAAUUUAUUUAAUUGAUAUUAACACGCAAGGAUGACUGAUUACAGCAUCCGUAGCAGGCAGGAGAGCACCGAGAGCUUGGCCACUUCGUCUGUGGUCACCAGCGAAGAAUACUCGGACGAUGAUAAAGAGAAAGAAGGGUUCGAUAUCGAUGAUUUCAAUAUUAUAAAAACCAUUGGUACAGGAACUUUUGGGAGAGUACUUUUAUGUAAAAAUAAGGACACCGAUGAGUAUGGCGCCAUGAAAGUCCUGUGUCUAGCCGAUAUUAUAAGACUGAAACAAGUAGAACACGUCAAAAACGAGAAAAACAUUUUGCAGGAAAUUCGACAUCCAUUUGUAGUAAAUUUAUUAUGGUGCGACAGGGACGACAUUUGCAUCUACAUGCUGUUCGAGUACGUUUGCGGUGGCGAACUGUUCUCGUAUUUGAGGAACGCCGGUAGAUUCGCGAAUUCCACGGCGAAUUUCUACACGUCCGAAAUAGUCUCUGCGCUGGAGUAUUUGCACGCUAAAAGCAUCGUAUACAGGGACCUCAAGCCGGAAAAUUUGCUUCUCGACCGGGAAGGACACUUGAAAAUCACCGAUUUCGGAUUCGCCAAAAAGCUCACUGAUAGGACGUGGACGCUCUGCGGCACCCCAGAGUAUUUAGCACCGGAGAUUAUACAGAGCAAAGGUCACAACAAAGCAGUGGAUUGGUGGGCUUUAGGUGUUUUAAUAUAUGAAAUGUUGGUCGGCUAUCCUCCUUUCUACGACGAUAAUCCUUUUGGUAUAUACGAAAAAAUUCUAGGAGGUAAAAUCGAAUGGCCUCGACAUAUAGACAACAUAGCCAAAGAUUUAAUCAAAAAGCUUUUAGUGCAAGACAGGACGAAAAGAUUAGGCAAUAUGAAAUGUGGCGCCGAUGAUAUUAAAAGACACAGAUGGUUCAAAGGGAUCGAUUGGGGAGAUGUCCUUUUACGAAAGCUCCAACCGCCAAUAAUCCCAAGGAUAAGUUACGAUGGAGAUUCCAGCAAUUUCGACGAUUACCCCGAGGCAGAUUGGAAGUCGUCGAGGACACUGGAGGAAUCUGAGUUGAAGUUGUUCGAAGAUUUUUAAUUCUAUUCUCUAAUUAAUUUUGUUACUAAGAUAUAAUAGUUUUUAUAUCGUUAAACGCAUUAAUAAAAAUAUUUCAUUGUGUUGGCUAGGAGUAGAACUUUUAUGGAACAUUACAAAAUAUUUUCUGAUGAAAAUCGUAGAUGCAGUAAACUUUGUUUAACUGUAUAGCCAACAUUUCAAACUUCAUUGUGAUAUUGCUUAGUAUAUAGGUUACUUAUUUUGUUAGUAUGUGAAUAUGUAAUUAUUGAGUGAACUUUAAUAAUGUUAUUUAAAAGUUGAAUAUUAAUUUGAACUAAACAUGUAGUCAUUCCCUUUCGUCGUUGUAGUAAUUAAUUACUUUAAUAACAAAAUUAAUGUUGAAAAUGACGGGAAUUGAAGAUUUUUUUUACUAACUAGUAACAAACGAGUACGGAAAUUAUCUUAACAAAAAAUUAGAUAUUUAAAAUGUUAUUUAUUAUUCAAAAAAUAUUCAAUUUAAUUUGUGAUAUUUAGUUUCUUCCUAAACUAUCAAUGUAAAAUGGUAAUAGAAAAACUGAUUCCUAAAUAAUUGCUUGAAAUAGCAAAUUAUUAAUCGGUAACUAAUAAAUUGUGAGUAUAAUAACAGCUCAAUUUCUAACAUUAGCUCAAUAUUGUAUUUUUUAAUUGUGUGCGCUAAAUGUAAUAUCUACUGUAUUCGUUGUUUUCAUCAUUUAUCAUUGUAUUUUCGGUUUACGAUAAUUUUGUUACUUAUUUAGUAAGUAUUUUAGAUUUUAAAAAUAAAACAUUUUUAUACAA